UUUUCAGUUUUAAAAUUAAGUUCAACGUCAAUAUUUUAACCUCAGAUCACCUGCAAGAGGUUCUGAGUAUUGCCACGCUUUUACCUUAACAAUUGGCAGCAAGAUAAUUCAAGUUAUCGCUCAAUGCAUAAAAACUUGAAAAUCAAUGUCAAACAGUUUCAGUAUUUUGUCUCGCAUUUCAAAGAAAACAGACUUAAAAAUCAUACCAAAUUUUUUUCUUAUUCCUUAUGACUCCUAUAACAGAAAUUCACUUGAAUUUUUCAUUUUUGUCAACAUGCAUUGUUGCAGAAAUUCCAUCCUACAUCAAAGUCUGUGGUCGCAGAAAUCCUCAAUUAGACAAUUGUAUACGAAAUUCUGUUGAAGCAAUGAGAGCCAAACUUAGAGAAGGGAUUCCCGAACUUAAAAUUCCUUCUAUAGAACCAAUGUAUAUGGACAAUGUUUCGUUGGCUGAUUUACCAAAUUUUAAAGCAUUUGCUCGUGAUGUCAGAUUGCAUGGUUUAUCUAAUUUCAUAGUUGAUAAUUUGCAUUCAGAUUUGGAAAAAAAUCAGUUUGAAGUUGAAUUAACCUUUAAGGAAGUAACACUUAAAGCUGAUUACGAUGUUAAUGCAAAAAUUCUUGUCCCUGUCGCUGGAACUGGACCCAUUAACAUAGUUGCAACUGAUGUUACAGCAAAAGUUAUAAUGAACUUUAAGGUAAUAGAUCGCAAAGGAAAAAAAUUUGUUUUCUUUCCAUCAAUGAAUACCAAAUUGAAUAUCAAAGAUUAUACUUCGCAAUUUACACCCCAGGAGGGACCUGAUAGUACACUUUCUACAGCUAUCAACGCUGCAUUAGAGAAUAGCCGUCAAGAAAUUAUUGACAGUACAACACCAAACUUAGAGAGGAAAAUUUCUGAAGAUAUACUGCAAAUUGCUAAUAAAAUUUGCAAAUUUUUCACAUAUGAUGAGCUAUUUCCAGAUCGUGAAUAAUAAUGAUGAAAAUUAUUUAAUUUAUUUCUUGGAAAUGAGUUACAUGUAAUUUAUUUAAAUCUAAAUAACGUUAAAUUUAAGAAAUUUUUAUAACAAAUAUCUAUUAAAAUUUGAAAAUAAAGCAAAUAGAAAAAAUAAAUAUUUUAACUAAAACAAGA